UUAGCUUUUUGUCUUUAUUUUACAGCUGCACUAAAUUCUAAUGUUGCCCGUGGCUAAGUGUUAACAAUACAUUUUGUUUGUUUUUAUGCCGAACCCAUUGAAAAAAUGUUUUGAAUAAACAAACAUCACACAGUAUCUGUUUUAGAAAUAAUAUGCUUCUUCAUUACUUGAAAUUAAAUAAUGAAUUAAAAUAUUCAGUCUUUUAAUUUAGUGCUUCUUUAGUUCUUCUUUCUUACCAGGUUACCAGGAUGACUGACUUUCAGAUCACCUGUCACUCAAUUACGUAGAAAACUCCGUGGGCCCACACUGCAGCUUCAUCGACGAGGAGGAGCUCUUCAUCGUGGAGCAGCUGAUGGAGCUGGCUGGAGUCAGCUGUGCCACAUCACAUCACACCGUCCAGAUACACAAGUAACCUGAGGAUACUGAAUGAAAUACGAGCAGCACAUCAUCACAUGAUAGAAUCCUCCCCUCGGCCGCAUGUGUCUCCCGCUGCUCCAUCACUGAACUUCGGGACAGCAGCAGCAGCCCCUCGCGCGUGUGCGCGCACCUCGUCAGUUGUCCGGGCAACGUGGACGCGCCUCUGCACGCUGCACGUCGAUGCUGCAGAAGCUGCAGAGAGUUUGGAGCAAAAGUUGAUCUCAGCCCCCUGACCCCCGGACGGAUCGGAGCUCCGGAGACGGGACUGCACAUUAACAACAACGAAGAUGUUGGCGCUGCCGCUUCUCAUCACUUUAUUGUACAGUCCUGUCUGUCUAUCAGUGACUGUGAGCACCAGUAAACCCAAAGUCGAGGUCCACGAGCACACAGACGCGGUGCUGGCCUGCGAGUUCAGGACAGAGAAAGAUCAGAACCCUCGCAUCGAGUGGAAGAAGAGAGGAAAGGCGGUGACGUUUGUGUACUUUAAUGACAAAUUUACUCGGUCGUAUGCAGGGCGAGCCCAGAUGGAAGGAGCGACGCUGACGAUACAUGCGGUAACUCAGAAAGACUCGGGGGAGUAUCGCUGUGAGGUGACCGCCAGCGAGGACCACGUCAACCUGGGAGAGGCCUCUGUCACCCUCAACGUGCUGGUUCCUCCCCACGUCCCGUCCUGCGAGGUGCCGGGCUCAGUGUUUGUUGGCUCCGGCCUCGAUCUUCUCUGUAAGGACAAACUGAGCGUGCCCCCGGCCACCUACCGCUGGUACAAAGACAACAGGGCCCUGACGGCCACGGCCGACACUCCGUACAGCAUCGACACCAUCAAGGGCACGCUGAAGUUCAAGAGCGUGUCCAAAGUAGACACCGGGAUGUACCGCUGUGAGUCCUCCAACAGUGCGGGUGCGCCCAAGAGCUGUGUGGCCCAGCAACUACAAGUGGUUGAAUAUCCCUUGAAUAUGACGAUUUUGAUCGCAGGCGCUGCAGGUUUUGUGACGCUCGUCCUCCUCUGCUGCAUCUGUGUGUGUGUGUGUCGACGCCGAGGCUGCUGCAAGAAGGAGAAAAAGACAAACAGGGCCAAGUCCUACAUCCCCCCUCCUCCGCCUCCCCCCGCCCGCAACGUGAGUGAUCACAGGGCCUGUUAUCACGUCGGGGCUGGUUUUCCUUGCUGGCGUGAAUUUGGGUUGCCAUCGAAAAGCUGUUGAUAAGUUGCUGAUAACACUUGGUGUUUUGCAAAUGAAAGGACAUGCUUCAUUGUUCGUCUCUCUGCUCCCUACAGUUCAAGCACUACAAACAAACCCGGUCCUUCAUGAUCUGAGGGAGAAACGCUGAGUUUCUGACUUCGAACCAUCGCAAAGUCUCAAGUCUAUCUCUACUGUUCAGCACUGUGGAAACGCACUCCACUGUCGCCUUGCUUUUUGGAAUAUCUUCUCUUUGCUGCCUUGGACAGACACUGACAAACAUAUCCUCAAAUAUUAAGCAUAACCAAAGAGUUGAGCAGGAUUUUUGCAAAAACCGGACCGCCUCCUAAACACUGGCAAUUGUGUGUUGUCAGUUUCGACGAUGGUUCCUGUGUCCAACUCCACUACACACUUUCAGUACUGUAAAUUAAAGAUUCAACUUGACUUUUUAUCAAAAUGCUGUGUAAUAUUGUAUAUUCCAUUAUUUUCUUAGUUUUAGUGUGCUCAAACAUUUAAAACAUUUUGUUAAAAUCUUUUGGCUUGUCUUCUCGGAUGUAUCUUUCUAAUGCCUCAGUCAAUAUUGACAUACAGAGAUGUAAUUUUUUUUUAAUCCUUGUUAUUUUUCAUAUAUUUUUUAUAAACCUGUGUGUAUGUUUGUUACAUGUUACAAUUCUUUGUCAAUCUUUGGUUGUAUAAAUUUAAAUGAUGUGAAUCGAGUGGCAAAUGAACAGGUGUCUGCAUACACUGAAAUGUGCGUCGGAGGCUUUUAAAAUGUUUGACACAAAUAUUUGGUGAGUCCAUAUUUUACGAUCAAUAAAAAAAUAUUUUAAAAACCCA